GUCGGUGGCCAAGUUGAAGUUGCCCAAGGAACACUCGCCGCGCAUCUAGAAACUAUGUCGAAGAUCAAGAAGUUCUUUUCGCGGAAGAAGGAGGAGGCGGCGGCCUUUAAGCUCAAGCUCACGGGCAGCUCGAUGGGCGCAGGUCAUAAGUUGAAUUCCACCAAACAGGAGGCUCCUUCCAGCAGCUCCCGCCAAAAGUACGAGGCCUAUGUGCCCCCCAAACGAAAUGAACUGAGCAACGAGGCCAGGACAGCUGCAAAUGCAGCAUUGGCUCGCAUUGACAAGAAGACCUCCAGGGAUUUUAACACAUCGCUGUCGGCUGUGAAGGCUCAGGCCAAGAGGGAACUGGAGGCAGAGCGUCGCCAGAAGGAGGAGGCGGAGGCCACGGCCUCGACCACCACCACGUCUACUUCCAGUUCCGGUGGUGACAAUCGCAACCUGGCCUGCGAAGGCGUCUUUUUCCGCUGCCCCAUGAUAAGCGACGAGAUUCUGCCCAAAAGCGUGUGGAAGGCCCGGAUCAAGGAGUUCCUUUACCAGCAGCUGGAGGCCGAUCGCGGCCUCACCGCCUGCCUGAUCAUCCACAAUUGCAAUGUCAAGGAGAAGGCCGACGAGUGCAUUGCCACGCUUAUCCGAUAUCUGGAGAACCUUAUCAAGAAUCCCGAGGAGGAAAAAUUCUGCAAGAUACGAAUGUCCAACAAGAUCUUCAGUGAAAAGGUGCGCUACGUGGAGGGUGCCGUGGAUGUUCUUCAAGCCGCUGGCUUCAGUGAGGUGAAGAUCGAUGAGGAGCAAUUCCUGCUGUGGACCCGAGAGCAGACCGAACAGGAUCUUGACUUGCCCACGCUGGUGGAGGCUCUCAAGAACUCGGAGACCAUUCCCCUGGAGCUGGAUCGAAAUAUAAAGGUCCUGCUCCCAUCGCAAGCACGGCGUGUGGUGCUUCCCGACGAAUUCUACCGCCUGGCGCCGGAGGAGAUCAAGAAGGAGCAGCAGCUGCGGUCGGAGGCCAUUGCCCAGUCCCAGAUGCUGAGGACCAAGGCUAUGCGCGAACGCGAGGAGCAACGCAAUUUGCGCAUGUACCGAUACGCUUUAGUUAGAGUCAAAUUUCCCAAUGGACUCUUUAUACAAGGUACUUUCAAUGUGUACGAGAAAAUAGCCGACGUGUUUGAGUUCGUGCAAUCGUGCCUCGCAGACGAAAGCCUGGAUUUUAGUUUGGUGGCCACUAGCGAGGGAAAACUGGGCGAGGAAGAUCUGGAAAAGACAUUAUUCGACUGCAAACUCAUUCCCAACUCCUUGCUGCUGUUCAACGCAAAUGGAGUGUCUGCCACCGAACAGGCGGAUCUAAACUACUUAAAAGAAGAUCUUCUGAUGCUGGUUCAGGCUAUGUAGACGUGCAUUAUCCCUAACUAAUCAGCGGUACUGGUCCCUUAUGUUGUAACGGAGCUGUUGUUAUUUAUUACCUUCAAAUCUAUUAUUCAAAAUCAAUUAUACGCACUUUACAAAAAAACUAGAAAAG